AUGGCAAACAAAGAAACGUGUGUUAAAGCUGGGGGAAGUGGGGCAAAUAGCACAGAAAGUUCUACGGUUCCAGAUGAACUCUAUUCUAUUCUCCUACGAGACCAGACUCAGAAAGUUGAGAAAAAGACUUCUCAAACAGAAGAAUUCAAGCUAUAUUGCCUUUGUUUAGAAGAGAAUGCAAGAAUACGAGUUAUAUGGGUAGAACAUGUACGGUAUGGUGAAUAUGCAAUUCAUCACAUUUACAGAGUCUUGAUUGAAGAUUGCAUGGCAUUUGGAGCAGCAAGGUGGAUAGCCACCUUCCGACAGCAAUUGCAUCGCAAUAUCCUCCAAGAAAGUUCUGGUGUGCCCAUCGGGAAUGAUACGAAAGUCUUGACAUUUUUCAUAUUCAGUCAUGGCUGCAAAUGCACGGAGACACUUGUUAAAGCUAGCCGAGCACAUGAUGAGAGCCUUUGUGCUGUUUUCUGCCCUUCAAGUGCUCCAUAUAUGGAUGAAAAUCUCCGUAUCACACAACCCGUGCGAGCAUGGUUGACUGGGGAGAGCCAGCCGGCACUCUUUGCGAGCAUGGUAGACUCGGGAGAACCAGUCGGCACUCUUGUAAAUGUCACAACAUCUCUUGGGCUGCCACAAUCCCCUCAAAGUCUUUUUGAUUUCCUAUGUGACGAAAAUAUUAGGCAACAAUGGGGUUUAGCUAACAUCGCCUUACAGAAAGAGUACCAUAUUGCCACGGGCGAAGAUGGCAACAACGUCUCCCUCCUACGACCAACUAUCAAGGGAGAAAAGUGGAUGCUCCAAGAGACUAGGAGAGACGAGUUGGGAGCGCUUGUGGUGAUCAUGCCAAUUGAUUCUCUAUCAGUGGAAAAUGUGUUGAAGGGUGAGGAUUUUACUAAUAUCCCCUUAGUCUUCUCGGGCUUUGCCAUCAAACCUAAUCUGGUACCACCUUUUGCACCCCCUAUGAGUAGGGGUCCGUUCUACGAUGCAAAGACAUCGCUUUUGACUAUGGUCAAGAGGAACUCGGUUGGCCAUCCUGAAAUAGUCACACACGAAUCCAUGAAGAAGUAUAGUAGGAUCAUGAAAAAGAAUGUGCAAAGGAUCAAAGCGGGUCUUAAUAUAUUAGACCGGUUGUGA